AUGGCCGUCGACGCCGCCACCGCCCCCUCCGAGCUCGACGGCAGCAUCCGCGGCGAGGGGGAGGUCGCGGCCAAGCCGCCCCCCUCCGCCGCUGCACCGGCGGCGCGGGAGAGCCCCGAGGAGCUGGACCGGAGGUACGCUCCGUACGCGCGGCGGGACGCGUACGGGCCCAUGGGCCGCGGCCCCCUGGGGGCGGCGGAGGCGGCGCGGAUGGCCGUGGCCGCGGCCGUGCUCCUCCCGCUCCGGGUCGUGGCCGGCGUGCUCGUGCUCGUCGCCUACUACCUCGUGUGCCGCGUGUGCACGCUGUGGGUGGAGGAGGAGCGGGCGGGGGGCGAGGGCGAGGGCUACGCGCGGCUCCAGGGGUGGAGGCGGGCGUGGGUCGUGCGCUGCGGCCGCGCCCUCUCACGUGCCAUGCUCUUCGUCUUUGGCUUCUACUGGAUCCGCGAGCACGACCGCCGCUUCCCCGAUGCCGAGGGCAAGGAUCUGGGCCACUCUGAAUUAUUGGAAAGACCAGGGGCAAUCGUAUCUAAUCAUGUAUCAUAUGUGGAUAUUCUUUAUCACAUGUCAUCUUCUCUUCCAAGUUUUGUUGCUAAGAGAUCAGUGGCCAGAUUGCCCCUAGUUGGUCUCAUAAGCAAAUGCAUUGGUUGUAUUUUUGUUCAGCGAGAGUCUAAAACUUCGGAUUUCAAAGGUGUUUCAGAGGGCACAACUACAAACGGGGAUUAUCUCCUUCCAUUCAAGACAGGGGCCUUUCUUGCAAGAGCACCAGUUCAACCUGUCAUUUUAAGAUACCCUUACAAGAGAUUCAGUCCAGCAUGGGACUCCAUGGAUGGGGCACGCCAUGUAUUUCUGCUCCUUUGUCAGUUUGUGAAUCAUCUAGAGGUUGUGCAUUUGCCUGUGUACUAUCCUUCUGAGCAAGAAAAGGAUGAUCCGAAGCUCUACGCAGAUAAUGUACGGAAAUUAAUGGCAGUGGAGGGAAACUUGAUUCUUUCAGAUCUUGGGUUAGCGGAGAAGCGAGUGUACCAUGCAGCCCUGAAUGGUAAUAAUAGUCUGCCUCGUGCCUUACACAAGAAAGAUGAUUGA